AUGUCGGAUGUCUUCAGUACUUGCUGAGACUGCAACACUGUAGUAAAUAGUAAAUACACGCUUUUAUAUUUAACUGUGUCCGGCAAAACGAUAUUGCUAUCUAUAAGUGAUUAAUUGUGAAUUGUUUCAUCAUAUUUUCUGCAAAAGCACAAUAAACAAACAUGGCUUGGGUACCUCUAGAGUCUAAUCCAGAUGUUAUGACCAAGUUCAUGCACACACUUGGUGUACCAAAAAAAUGGGGUUUAGUUGAUGUGUAUGGAUUAGAUCCAGAAUUGUUAGCAUUAGUGCCCAAACCUGUUGCUGCUGUUAUUUUGCUCUAUCCAAUAUCUCCGAAUACGGAGCAAUAUAAAGCUGAACUAGAAAAAAAAGAAAUUGAAAAGGGAACUAAAAAUAAUAAUGUCUAUCAUUUAGACCAAUAUGUAUCAAAUGCUUGUGGAACAGUUGCAAUCAUUCACAGUAUUGCAAACAAACUUGAUGAAAUUAAACUUGAAAGCGGAGUUUUAAAAGAAUUUUUAGAUGAAACCAAAGACUUAGAUUCUAAACAGCGGGGUGAAAAAUUAGUUAAAGCUCAAAGUAUUAGUAGUACACAUGAGGAAUUUUCUCAAGAAGGUCAAACAGAGCCUCCUUCUGAAGAUGAGAAAGUAAUUCAUCACUUUUUAGCAUUCAUAGAAAAAGAUGGCUCAAUUUAUGAAUUAGAUGGCAGAAAACCAUUUCCUAUUAAUCAUGGUAAAUCAAGCCCAGAAACAUUUUUAGAAGAUGCAGCACGAGUUUGCAAAGAAUAUAUGGCACAUGAACCUGGACAAGUUCUCUUUACUGUGAUGGCUAUUGCUGAUAUUGAAAAUGCCAAUUAAUGUGUUAAAAUUGUUGCAUGAAAUCUUUUUGUGAAAAUGAAAGAGAAUGAAAUUCUGAAAUUAUACUGCCAUAUUUAUUUUUUUAAUAACAAGAGUGUAUAAGAAUUAAUAAGUUGUGUGCAUUAAAUCUGAAGUUUUACACAACAAAC